GCCGGCUGCCCGUCCUCCACUGUCUUGGCCACCGCCCACCCCAGAGGUGUCCCUGCUGCCCGCACUUGCCGUUCUUCGAGACGCCUUCACUACCUCCACAGGUACUACGUCACGAGACUUUUCGCCCGCUAGACACCGCCACGGCCACGACGCUUUUGCUGGAGCACGCCCGAGACAUGGCCUGCUCGCGCACCGCGGCCAUCAGACAUCCCAUUUGCAUUUGAUAACACCUUGCUGCAUACAUACAUUCGUACUUGCGUUUCGAGGCACGCGCGCGCAGCCCCAACCGAGCGCCUGCUGCCUCGCCGCUCACCAUGGCCGACUUCGACAAUCCCGAGCUGCAGGCCAAGCUCAACGAGCUCGAGCGCGAGCUAGAGGAGGGAGACAUCACAGAGAAAGGCUACCAGAAACGCCGUACGCUCCUGCUGUCGCAGUAUCUCAGUCAGCAUGGCGACCCUCCUGUUCCUGGCCCGCGGUCCGGCCUGCGCAUACACGCCCCAGACGACGACGUUCGAUAUGCCUCUAGCGACGGCCAUCGCGCCGCUGCCUACGCCGCCAUCGGCGGGCACGAUUCCGACCCGACCAGCCCCAGCUCCUCCAACUACCGCCCCACGUCGUCCUUUGGCGCGCAAGGCGGUGCGGGAUAUGCGCCUCAAGACUCCAACCCAGCUGGGCUCCUCCGGCCUGGCGGCCCCAUUGCCGAGCGACCGGCUGCCGUGGGCCGCGAUUCGCUCUUCCUCGCCCCAGGUAGCGACGGACCGACGAGGAGCGGCACCAUGGUCUCGGGAGACUACGCCUUCAAUCCGGACCAGCAAGGCGCCUAUACCGACUCUGCUCAGCAACAAACCCCCCAGCAGCAGCAGCAGUACUACGACAGCAGGACCGGGACGCUCAGAGACUCGCAGGGCUAUUUCUCCGACUUUGCCGGCCAGCAGCUUUACGACCAGCACCAGUCAGGAGAGUAUGGCGCGCAGCACCGAUAUUCCUCGAGCGACGCCUUCUCCCCCACCGCCGCCAUGGCCCCGCCGAUGCUCACUGCCAACGACCUUCCUCCGCCCGAGGUGCUCGAAUAUCAGCUGCCGCUCGAGCCGAGAGAGGUGCCGUUUGCCAUCUUUGACCCGCACGAUAACAACACGCCCAUGUCGGGAUUCGACAACAUGGCUGCCGUUUUGCGCCAUCGAGCACGGAAGACGGCCAAGGUGCCCGCAUACUGGGUGCUCGACAGCAAGGGGAAAGAGAUUGCGUCCAUCACCUGGGACAAGCUGGCGUCUCGCGCCGAGAAGGUGGCUCAGGUCAUACGCGACAAGAGCUCCCUCUACCGCGGCGAUCGGGUUGCGCUCGUCUACCGUGACAGCGAGGUCAUCGAUUUCGCUAUUGCCUUGAUGGGCUGCUUCAUCGCCGGCGUGGUUGCCGUCCCAAUCAACGACCUGCAGGACUACCAGCGACUCAACUACAUCCUGACGUCGACGCAGGCUCAUCUCGCGCUCACCACGGACAACAACCUCAAGGCGUUUCAGAGGGAUAUCACCGCUCAGAAGCUUACUUGGCCAAAGGGGGUCGAGUGGUGGAAGACGAACGAGUUUGGGGGCUACCACCCCAAAAGAAAAGAGGACGUCCCUCCUCUCACGGUACCUGAUCUGGCCUAUAUUGAGUUCUCCCGGGCUCCGACCGGAGACUUGCGCGGAGUCGUGCUCAGCCACCGCACCAUCAUGCACCAGAUGGCCUGCAUGAGCGCCAUUGUCUCGACGGUGCCGGGCAACGGGCCGGGCGACACUUUCAACCCGUCGCUGCGCGACAAGAAUGGUAGGCUCAUCGGUGGCGGCGCCGGGAGCGAGAUCCUGCUGUCGUAUCUGGACCCAAGGCAGGGCAUCGGGAUGAUCCUGAGCGUCCUGCUCACCGUCUACGGCGGUCACACGACUGUCUGGUUCGACAACAAGGCCGUGGACGUUCCCGGUCUGUACGCGCAUCUAAUCACCAAGUACAAGGCUACUGUCAUGGUUGCGGACUACCCCGGCCUCAAGCGUGCGGCGUACAACUACCAGCAGGAUCCGAUGACGACGCGAAACUUCAAAAAGGGCAUGGAACCAAACUUCCAGGCCGUCAAGUUGUGUUUGAUCGAUACCCUUACCGUGGACGGGGAGUUCCACGAGGUGUUGGCCGACCGGUGGCUGCGGCCGCUGCGGAAUCCCAGGGCGCGAGACGUGGUGGCGCCCAUGCUGUGUCUCCCCGAGCAUGGCGGCAUGGUGGUGAGCGUGCGUGACUGGCUGGGAGGGGAAGAGCGCAUGGGCGUCUCGCUCAAGCUCGACCGGGCGACCGAGGCUGAUUCCGAGGAAGACCAGGACGACAAGGAUAAGGAUAAAGCCGCGCCCUCCAACGGAUUCGGCAGCCUGCUCGGUGGCGGCACGACCAAGGCCACGGAACAGAGCGCCAAUGACGAAUUGUUCGAGGUCCUCUUGGACAGGGAGGCGCUCAAGACGAACGAGGUGGUCGUCACCGCCAACGGGGACGAGGUCCAGAAGAAGGCUGCCAACAAUCCUGACAUGGUCCGCGUAGGCGCUUUCGGCUAUCCGAUCCCCGACGCGACCCUGUCCGUGGUCGACCCCGAGACGGGCCUCCUCGCGUCGCCGCGCAGCGUGGGCGAGAUCUGGGUCGACUCCCCCUCCCUUUCGGGCGGCUUCUGGGCCCAGCCCAAGAACACGGAGCUCAUCUUCCACGCCCGGCCAUACAAGUUCGAGCCGGGCGAUCCGACGCCCACGCCCGUCGAGCCCGAGUUCCUGCGUACCGGCCUGCUCGGCACUGUCAUCGAGGGCAAGAUCUUUGUGCUCGGCCUCUACGAGGAUCGCAUCCGACAAAAGGUGGAAUGGGUGGAGCAUGGCCACGAGAUUGCCGAGUAUCGGUACUUUUUCGUGCAGCACAUGGUCGUCAGCAUCGUCAAGAACGUCUCCAAGAUUUACGACUGCUCCGCGUUCGACGUCUUUGUCAACGACGAGCACCUCCCGGUGGUCGUUGUCGAGUCGGCGGCUGCGUCGACGGCGCCUCUCACCUCGGGAGGCCCCCCGCGGCAGCCCGACACCGCGCUGCUGGAUUCCUUGGCUGACCGCUGCAUGGAGGUGCUAAUGCAGGAGCAUCACCUGCGCCUCUACUGCGUCAUGAUCACGGCGCCCAACUCGCUGCCCCGGGUCCUCAAGAACGGGCGACGAGAGAUUGGCAACAUGUUGUGCCGCCGCGAGUUUGACCUCGGCAACCUGCCGUGCGUCCACGUCAAGUUUGGCGUCGAGCACGCGGUGCUGAACCUGCCCAUCGGCAUUGAUCCCAUCGGCGGCAUCUGGUCCCAGAUCGCGUCAGAGUCGAGAGCGGACAUCCUCGCAGAUGCCGACAAGCAAUAUUCGGGUAUCGACCGAAGAGAAGUCGUCAUCGACGACCGCACGUCGACUCCCCUCAACAACUUUGCCUGCAUCACGGACCUGAUCCAGUGGCGGGUUGCGCGGCAGCCCGAAGAGCUGUCGUACUGCACCAUCGACGGCCGCGGUCGCGAGGGCAAGGGCAUCACCUGGCGCAAGUUUGACACUAGGGUCGCGGCUGUCGCCAUGUACCUCAAGAAUAAGGUCAAGGUGCGGCCUGGCGACCACAUGAUCCUCAUGUACACGCACUCUGAGGAAUUUGUCUUCGCGAUCCAUGCCUGCAUCAACCUGGGGGCGGUCGUGAUUCCCAUGGCGCCUCUCGACCAGAACCGGCUCAACGAGGACGUCCCGGCCUUCCUGCACAUCGUCUCUGACUACAGAGUCAAGGCGGUGCUCGUGAACCAAGAAGUGGACCACCUCAUCAAGCUGAAGCCCGUCUCCAGUCACAUCAAGCAGUCGGCGCAGAUCCUCAAGAUUGCGAUACCCAACGUCUACAACACGACGAAGCCGCCCAAGCAAAACAAUGGGCUGCGGGACUUGGGCCUGACGAUAGAUCCCGCCUGGAUCCGGCCUGGAUAUCCCGUCAUUGUAUGGACGUACUGGACGCCCGAUCAGCGCAGGAUCGCGGUGCAGCUGGGCCACGACACCAUCAUGGGCAUGUGCAAGGUGCAAAAGGAGACGUGCCAGAUGACGAGCUCGCGGCCGGUGCUGGGAUGCGUCCGCAGCACCACGGGCCUGGGCUUCAUCCACACUUGCCUGAUGGGCAUCUACAUCGGGACGCCGACGUAUCUUCUCUCGCCCGUCGAGUUCGCGCAAAACCCCAUGUCGCUGUUUGUGACUCUGUCUCGGUACAAGAUCAAGGACACCUAUGCGACCCCGCAGAUGUUGGAUCAUGCGAUGGCGGCCAUGCACGCCAAGGGGUUUACGCUCCACGAGCUCAAGAACAUGAUGAUCUCGGCAGACGCAAGGCCGCGGGUGGACGUGUUCCAGAAGGUCCGUCUUCACUUUGCCGCGGUGGGCCUGGACAGGACCGCCAUCAACACCGUCUACUCCCACGUGCUCAACCCCAUGGUUGCGUCUCGGUCGUACAUGUGCAUAGAGCCGAUUGAGCUGUGGCUCGACACCAAGGCGCUCCGCCGCGGCCUCGUGGUUCCCGUGGAUCCGGAUACGGAGCCCAAGGCGCUGUUGGUGCAGGACUCGGGCAUGGUGCCCGUGUCGACACAGAUUGCCAUCAUCAACCCGGAAAGCCGCAGCCACUGCUACGACGGCGAGUAUGGCGAGAUAUGGGUCGACUCGGAAGCCUGCGUCAAGUCGUUUUACGGAUCCAAGGACGCCUUUGAUGCCGAGCGGUUCGACGGACGUACGGUCGACGGAGAUCCCAGCGUCGCGUACGUUCGGACAGGCGACCUUGGGUUCUUGCACAACGUCAGCCGGCCCAUUGGGCCCGGAGGGGCGUUGGUAGACAUGCAGGUACUAUUUGUGCUGGGCAGCAUCGGCGAGACCUUUGAGAUCAACGGCCUUUCGCACUUUCCCAUGGAUAUCGAAUCGUCGGUGGAACGAUGCCAUCGCAACAUUGUGCCCGGAGGCUGGUGAGUACAUGGAGUUCCCCCCCCCUCCCCUUGAACAAAAGUGAGCCGCGCGUGUCUGACCCCGUUGGCAGUGCCGUCUUCCAGGCCGGUGGACUAGUGGUGGUGUUGGUUGAAGUCAGCCGCAAGCCGUACCUUGCCUCGAUCGUGCCGGUCAUCGUCAACGCGAUCCUCAACGAGCACCAAAUCAUUGUCGACAUUGUCGCCUUUGUCAGCAAAGGAGACUUUCCCCGGUCGAGACUAGGCGAGAAGCAAAGAGGCAAGAUCCUCGCGGGCUGGGUGACGCGGAAGCUGCGCACCUUGGCCCAAUUCGCCAUCCGCGACCUGGACCCAUCCGCUAUGGGCGAAGCCGGAGGUGCCGGCGCGGAGGUCGGAGGUGACCCGAACAGGAUCUCGACAGGCAGCAUACGCUCCUCCGGAGUACCCGCCGCCGGAGCAUCCAGCCUGAGGAACGUGGAGCACGCGCCGCAGAUCUUGGAGCAGGAGGAGUUUGAGCAGCAGAUGGACCACAUUGCCAACAUGACGCCGGUGCAGACGCAUGAUAGCAUAGGAGAAGAGCACAUGCCCACGCCCACGGCGUAUCCGCAGAGCGGCAGAGCGGGCGGAGAGCAGCAGCAACACUAUCACGCGCGAUCGACGAGUGGCGGGGACGGCGGGUACUUUGGCCACAGUCCUUAUGGCGGCGACGAGCAGAGGGACGCGCAGCCACCACCACGUGUCGGCCCGAAGCCGGCGAGACGACCUUCGGACGGUCAGGUGCCGCCCAGGAUCCGGCUGCCCGGUGUAGACGGGCGUGAGGGCUUUGAAGUAUGGAGCGGGGAUGACAAGGGCGAUGACGAGGAGAGCUGGACUGCCGACGCCAUCAUGCACAUGAACCUCGCUGGGGAUAUGAACCCGCGGCAAGGGCAUGGGCAGGGACAGUGAGAGCGUCGAUGGGCGGACGACUAUACCACGGAUGUGUGAGGACAGAGAUGGGAGCAAGGAUGAGCGGUUGUAGGAGUUUGGGUAUCAGCGGCCUCAUUGAGCAUAGCAGCCUGCGACCGACGGACGGACGGCGGGCGCUCUGCUAUGAGUAGCGGCAGUACAUGGAUGCAUUGUUCAGUUUUAGAGAGACAAGAGUAGAAAGAGGUAUAUCCAACAGAG